AUGAAGCUGCUGCUGCUGUUGUUGCUGCUGAUGCAGCGAGCUGCAGCUCAGCAGAGAGGUCUGUUCCCGGCCAUCUUUAACUUGGCCAGCAACGCUGUGAUCAGCAGUAACGCGACAUGUGGAGAUCCAGAACCAGAAGUUUACUGUAAACUGGUCGAACACGUUCCAGGACGACUCAUCAAGAACCCACACUGCCCCAGAUGUGACGCCAACUCCGUCCUAUCGAAAGAACGCCAUCCGAUCACCAACGCCAUCGAUGGGACCAAUCAGUGGUGGCAGAGUCCCAGUAUAAAGAACGGACGUCAGUUUCACUGGAUCACCAUCACACUGGACCUGAAACAGGUCUUUCAAGUCGCUUACAUCAUCAUCAAGGCAGCUAACUCCCCCCGACCAGGUAACUGGAUCCUGGAGCGCUCUCUGGACGGUGUGACCUUUGACCCCUGGCAGUUCUACGCCAUCAGUGACUCGGAGUGUUUGACUCGUUACCAGAUGACGCCGAGACUCGGACCGCCGACCUACAAGAGCGACACGGAAGUGAUCUGCACGUCGUACUACUCCAGACUGAACCCUCUGGAGCACGGAGAGAUCCACACCUCUCUGAUAAACGGCCGACCGGGAGCUGAUGAUUUGACCUCUGACCUCCUGAACUUCACGUCAGCUCGUUUCAUCAGACUGAGGCUUCAGCGAAUCAGAACGCUCAACGCCGACCUGAUGACGCUGAGCAUCCGCGACCCCCGAGAGAUCGACCCCAUCGUCACCCGGAGGUAUUAUUACUCCAUCAAAGACGUGUCUGUGGGCGGGAUGUGUAUCUGCUACGGCCACGCCCAGAGCUGCCCUCUGGACCCCGUUACCAAGAAGCUGCAGUGUGUGUGUGAACACAACACCUGUGGAGAGAGCUGCAAUGAGUGUUGCCCCGGUUACCACCAGCAGCCAUGGCAACCAGGAACCAUCUCCGAGGGCAACACCUGUGAAAAGUGUAACUGUCACAACAAAGCGGUGGACUGUUUCUACAACCAGACCGUCUCUGAUCUCUCUCUGAGUCUGAACUCUGCUGGCGUGUUGGCGGGAGGCGGAGUCUGCAUCGACUGUCAGCAGAACACCGCGGGGGUCAACUGUGAGACCUGCAGACCCGGGUACUACAGACCUGCUGAGGUGUCUCCGUACUCAGACUCUCCGUGUGUGGAGUGUAACUGUGAUCUGAGAGGAUCCGAGUCUUCAGUCUGCAGCAGAGACGACACACAGCCAGGUGUGUCCCCAGGUCAGUGUGUGUGUUCUGAGGGGUUCUCAGGUCUCAGGUGUGACCGCUGUGCGUUUGGAUUCAGAGACUUUCCUCUGUGUGCUCGCUGUGAGUGUAACCUGUCAGGAAGCACCAACACCGACCCCUGUAGGCCCUGCACCUGCAAGGAGAACGUGAUUGGAGCUCACUGUGACCUGUGUAAACCAGGUUUCUACGACCUCCAGGCCACUAAUCCUCUCGGCUGCUCCGACUGUUUCUGCUUCGGAGUUUCUGACGUAUGUGAGAGCUCCAGCUGGUCCAGAGCUCAGGUGUUCCAUGCUGACGCUCGGCUCCAGCCCUCCCCCCGCACGCCAAUGGUUGUCCAUGACAAUGACCUCCCCAUCCCCAACAACUCUUCAGGCCACGCCCACCAACAGGUGCUGCUGUGGGCGGCGCCCAACAGUUUCCUCGGCAACAAGCUGGUGUCCUAUGGAGGUUUCCUGAACUUCUCUCUGGUUUAUGACGUCCCAUUGGACAAUGAAGACCAUUCUCUCCCCGCCCACUGUGACAUCAUCGUUGAGGGGAGCGGUCGGGCUCUGCGUCUGUCCCGUCCUCUCGUCCUCGUCCUGUCUGAGCUGGCCGAGCGCUCGGUUGCCGUGGCGAUGGUCCCCCAUCGGUUCGUGGACGAUCAGACCGGCGUCCCCGUCACCCGAGACGACCUGAUGACCGUCCUCGCCGCCGUGACAUCACUGAGGGUCAGAGUUCACCUGAACGCCUCCGCCGACGGGCCCAUACGUCUCAGCUCGGUGUCUCUGGACGUCUCCCAGUCUGGUUCGGUUUCUGGAGUCCAGGCGGUUGCCGUGGAGACGUGUGAAUGUCCGUGGGGCUACAGCGGGACGUCCUGUGAGGCGUGUCUCCCGGGGUUCUACCGGGUGGGCGGAGUCUUGUUCGGUGGAAACUGUAUGCAGUGUGAAUGUAACGACCACGCCAGCGAGUGUGACAUCGACGGAGUCUGUCUGGGUUGUACCCACAACACCACUGGUCCUCACUGUGAUCAGUGUCUUCCUGGUUUCUAUGGCGAUGCCACGGAGGGGACACCGGAGGACUGUCGGUUGUGUCCCUGUCCUCUGACGGAGACGUCCAACAGGUUCAGCCCUACCUGUGUGCUGCAGGUGUCUGGUGAGGUGUCAUGUGACCAGUGUCAGCUCGGCUACACAGGAAACAACUGUGAGAGGUGUGCCAGUGGUUUCUAUGGCAACCCACAGGUGGUGGGCGGGGCCUGCGUGCGCUGCCAGUGUAAUGGUAACGUGGACAGCGAGGAGGCGGGACACUGUGACACCGUCACCGGGGAGUGUCUGCGUUGCCUCGGCAACACCGCAGGGAGACACUGUGAGGUCUGUCAGCCCGGUUACUAUGGAGACGCCGUGCACGCCAAGGACUGUCGGGAAUGUGGCUGUGAUGUCAGCGGCGCCCUCUCCAGUGUGUGUGAUGUGACAACAGGUCAGUGUGUGUGCAGAGAGAACGUGACGGGACUCACCUGUGACCGCUGCCAGAUUGGGUUUUUCGGGCUGCAGAGUGGGCGGGGCUGUCAGGCCUGUGGCUGCAGCCAAUCAGGAUCCCUGUCUGAGGCGUGUGACCAGGAGGGGCGGUGCCAGUGUGUGGAGGGCGUGGCCGGAGAGAAGUGUGACCGAUGUCGCCACGGUUACUACGGGUCACCUGCCGGCGGCUGCACAGCAUGCACCUGUGAUCACACCGGAGGGAACUGUGACCCCGAGAGCGGUGAGUGCAUCUGCCCCGCCCACACCGAGGGACACACCUGUGACAGGUGUGAGACGGGCUACUGGGGUCACAACCCCGUCACGGGCUGCCAGGCGUGCGGCUGCAGCGCUGCAGGAAGCUCCGCCCCUCAGUGUGAUCUGACCAAUGGGCAGUGUCCGUGCAGGGAGGGUUUCUCUGGGAGGUCAUGUGACCAGUGUGCUCAUGGUUACUAUGGUUACCCAGCAUGCUCAGCGUGUGGCUGCGACGUGGCGGGAACGGACGAGACGUUCUGCAAUGCCACGCUGGGAGUGUGUGACUGUGGACACACCGGAGAGUGUGUGUGCAAGGUGGGCGUGGCCGGGCGGCGCUGUGAGGAGUGUGUCUCUGGAUGGUUCUCUCUGAACCCGUCAGGCUGCUCGCCGUGCUUCUGUUCAGGACUCAGCAGAGACUGUGAGGAGAAAGGAGGACUGACCCGGGUCCCCAUCCCUCUCGCUCGCCCUCCUGCUGUCCUGUCAUUGGUCAGUCAGUCUAACCUGCAGGGUGUCGUAUCUGGAGUCUACCAGCAGGGCGGCGACAUGCUGCUGGACACCCGACAGCUCAACAGCAGCGGACACGCCGGCCCGCUCUACUGGAGGCUGCCCGCCCCCUUCCAGGGUCCACAGCUGCUGGCGUACGGCGGCCUGCUCUCUUACAUCGUCACCUUCUACGCUGAGGACGGCUCGGGGCUGUCCAAUCAGGAGCCCCAGGUCCUGAUGAGGGGCGGAGCCAUGAGGAAGCUGGUCAUCUACACCGACAUGGUCGCCCCUAGCAACGGCGUCAGCACGCAGCAUGACGUCACGAUGACAGAGCACAACUGGAGGUAUUUUAACAGUGUGUCAGAGAAGACGGUGAGUCGCUCCGACUUCCUGUCUGUCCUCAGCAACGUCCAGUACGUCCUCAUCAAGGCCUCAUACGGGACAGGACUGCUGCACAGCAGGAUCUCAAACAUCACCAUGGAGACGGCAGUGGAGGAGGAGUCAGAAACGGGGGGCGUGGCCAGACUGAUCGAGUCCUGCAUCUGUCCACCUGGAUACAGAGGCCUGUCCUGCCAGGAGUGUGCUGAAGGUUUUUUCCGUCAGCCUCUGUCUGAGUUGUCGCCUCAAAGUCAGAAGUCUCUACUGGCUCGUCCGUGUAUUCCCUGUCGCUGCAACAACCACAGUGAGAGCUGCGACGCCGAGACGGGAGCCUGUCAGGGCUGUCAGCACCACACCAGUGGGCGGAGCUGUGAGCUGUGUGCCCCGGGGUAUUAUGGGAAGGUCAACGGCUCCAUCAGUGACUGCUCGCUGUGUGCCUGCCCCCUACGGGACAACAGCUUCAGCCCCACCUGUGUGUCUGAGGGGGUUCCUGGUGAUUUCCGCUGCUCCGCCUGUCAGACGGGAUACGAGGGGAGAUACUGUGAGAGGUGUUCUGUUGGUUACUAUGGUAACCCGUCGUUGCCGGGGGGCCUGUGUGUGCAGUGCGGCUGCAGCACGUGGGGCUCGCUGCAGCCGAUGUGUGACGCGCUGAGCGGUCAGUGUGAGUGUAAGGCCGGGGUCAAAGGUCAGUCAUGUGACCAGUGUGCCGAGCGACACGUCCUGCAAGGAGCAGAGUGUGUGUCAUGUGACGACGAGUGCUCCGGUGUUUUGUUGGACGACCUGGACAAAAUCCACGACCACUUCCUGUCGGUCAACCUCACCGGCGUUUCCAUGGCGCCCUACCGGCAGCUGGUGCUGCUGGAGAACACGACCAGAGACCUCAAGGAGUUGUUUUCUGGAGGAAGCUCCGUCACUCUGCAGCUGUCCAGAGCUGAAGAUGACAUGGAUCAUUUGACCUCUGACCUCGGCUCUCUGCAGCAGCAGGUCUCACGCCUGUCGAACCACCUGGAGGAAGUGGGCGUGUCCAACAAUGGGAGUGUUUCCCAGGGUGCACUGCUUCUGGAGAGCCUCAGCCGGCUGCAGGAGAACAUCCAGGAGCUUCAGAGGGAGGCGGGGCUUCUGAACCGGACCACAGAGGAGGAGCCUGCUGCAGCCAACCAGACGCUGCUGCUGGAGGAGGUGGAGUCCAUGUUGGAGAGCAUCAGAGCGGUGGACCUCGCCACUGCUGCCGCCGCCGCCCAACACGAGCUCAGCCUCGCCACGUCUCUGCUCCGCACGCUGCACCACCACUUCCUGUCCAGCCAGACAGAGGUCAACGACAGACUCCGCCCCCUCACUGCCUCGCUGACUGUUGCCAUGGAAACGCUGCAACAUGCACACACACAGCUGAGCAACGCCACACAACGAAAUGCACACACACACACUCUGCUGCAACAAAACCAGUCUGUCCAGACGCUGAGUGGGGACCGUCUGUCUGUGGACGCAGCGCUGGAGGACAGUCAGCUGCUGCUGGAGGACGCCGUCCAGCUGAUGGAGGACUUCACCAACAGCACCGCCCAGGUGGAGGUGUUCAGUGGACAGGUGGAUCAGUGGCGUCCCCUGCUGAGGAGACAGGUGGACGCUCUGGUGGUUGGACUGAAGAGGACAGACGCUCUGGAGAAAGUUUACCGAGCUGAAAGCCACGCCCACCUGCUGCAGAGCCACGCCCACUCCCUGCACAGCUCUCUGUCUUCAGUGUGUAACGUGACGAACGGCAGCCGAUUGGUUCAGCUGGACAGUGACAUCACAGAACGAGUCGACUCCGCCCAGCAGGUCGCCUCGAUCGCCCACGACUCCGCCUCCCUCGCUCUCACCAUGACUGUCCAAUCAGAGCAGCCACUGUCAGAGGGGGGCGGAGCCAGCCUGAAGGACAGCUCUGAUGUUUUAGAAGAAAGUCAACGAAUCAACAAGACACAUGAAGACCUCCAGCUGCAUAUCUCCAUGGUCAGCAGCAGACUGGGAUUGGUCAGAGACAGCGUCCGUAGCUCCCGCCUCCUGAUGCGUGGGCCAAUCGGAGAGCUGCAGAGCUCGUCUAACGGCUCCUCCUCCUCGCUGCAGCAGACUCAGCUGGCGGCGGCGGCGGCACGCUCCGGCCUGCAGGAGGCGCUGCAGCGGCUGCAAAGACUCAGACUGCAGCUGCAGGAUUCUUCUUCUGUGGUGGAGAACACCAACGACACCGUGAAGGAGACCAACCAGCUGGUGGAGCACACACACACUGAGGCCAAUGAGGCGCAGCGGCGUCUGGAGGAGGCGGAGCAGCGAGCUGAGCGUCUGAUGGAUCGUGUGAAGCCGCUGAGCAUGCUGGGAGAAACGCUGAGCAGGAACCUGUCUGACAUCAGAGAGCUGAUCGACCAGGCCCGCAGACAGGCCGCCUCGAUCAAGGUGGCGGUGGCGGUGGCUGCAGACGGGGACUGCGUCCGGUCCUACAGGCCUCCGGUCCAGUCCAGCAACUUCAACACCCUGAGUCUGAUCCUGAAGACCUCCAGCAGAGAAAACCUGCUGUUCUCUAUGAGCAGCGUCACCACGGUGGAUUACCUGGCUGUAGAGGUGCAUGAUGGGAAGGUGUCUCUGCUGUGGGACCUGGGCUCCGGCGGCGCCCGGCUCGACUUCCCCGGACUGGACAUCACCAACAACCGCUGGACUCGGAUCAAUGCCACGCGGUUCGGCGCCCGUGGCUCGCUGUCCGUCCAUCAGCUGGAGGCAGAGUCUGCUCCGUUGCCUGCGGUAACAGCCACAUCACCAGGACCGGCGAGAGUUUUAGACGUGGACAGUAACACCGUGAUCCACAUCGGAGGGCUGGGACCCCACACUCAGAGGCCCACGGCGCUGCGCUCCUCCUCCUUCCAGGGCUGUCUGGGAGAAGCUUCACUCAACGAGAGGAACAUCGGACUGUGGAACUACGACAGCAGAGAGGGACGCUGUGGAGGCUGCUUCAGCAGUCCUCAGGCAGAGGAGACUUCCUUCCACUUUGAUGGAUCUGGAUUCUCAUUGGUCCAGAAGUCUCUGCGAGCGACAUCCACGUCCAUCGUGCUGCAGUUCAAGACGCUGUCGCCGGGCGGAUUACUGCUGUACCUGGCCUCCAACAACACUAGGGACUUCCUGUCCAUGGAGCUGGUGGAGGGCCGUGUCCGUCUGACCUUUGACCUCGGUUCAGGCGCUCUGAUUCUAACGUCCAGCAGGAAGUACAACACUGGAGUCUGGUUCAAGACCACACUGCAGAGGAGCAAACGCAAAGGUUACCUGUCCAUCAUGGCAGCCGACCAAUCAUCAGACAAGGAGGUGUUGGAGGCGGAGUCUCCUGGGACGGCGUCCGACCUGAACCGAUCCGACCUCGACCCCAUCUACAUCGGAGGACUUCCUGCCUCCAGACCAAUCAGGCGACAAGUGGUCUCCAGGUCGUAUGUGGGCUGCAUCAAGAACGUGGAGAUCGCUCGCUCCAACUUCGACCUGCUGAGAGACGCGUAUGGCGUCCGCAAGGGCUGCGUCCUCGAGGCGGUCCGCAGCGUGUCUCUGCUUGUCGGCGGCUUCGUUCAGAUCGUUCCUCCAGUGCUCGGCCAGGAGGCGGAGCUUCUCUUCUCCUUCGCCACCAACAACCAAUCAGGAGUCCUGCUGGCCGCCUUCAGUGACGCCCAAACACAGAGACAGCACUUCCUGUCUGUCCACCUGGUCUCAGGUGCGUUGGAGGCGGAGCUUGGAGAGGUGGGCGGAGCCACUCGGAGGGUGCUGGUGGCGAAACCGGAUGGAGGAUCCUUCAGUGACGGAUUAAAACACUCUGUGAUCAUCACCAUCAACAGGAAGUCUCUGUCCCUGCAGGUGGACGAGGAACAGAUAAAGUCUGUCUCUCUGUUGCCGGGCGGAUUGUCUCGUUUGUCUCCAGCGUCUUUCUUCAUUGGUGGGCUGCCAUCAGGGGAGGAGUCUCGUCUGCCAAUCAGAUUACAGGAAGUGUCCAGGCGGUUCAGAGGCUGCAUCCAACACCUGGUGGUGGGCGGAGCACUUGUCGACCUAUCAGGAGCUGUGAGGUAUGAGGGGGCGAAGCUUGACAUGUGCCUAUUGGAGGAGAGGGCUGGGGGGGCGGUGCUGCCUGAUGACCAGGAUGUGGAACCAACUCCAGACCCCGCCCACCUGCCUGUAGCCCCGCCCACGCACCUGAGCGCCAUGACACCUGGAACACUUACGCAAUGUGUGUCGGAGGCGGAGCCUACCUUCCUGCCGUCAGCGGUUCAGUUUGGUUCGUCCAAACACAGUCACAUGACCUUCAUCAUCAACCCGACCAGCGUGAGGAGGAGCGUGUUUCUGAGGUUGGCGGUUCGAAGCCGAGCUCUGGACGGUUUGAUCGUCCUCCUGUCGGACGCCAAACAGAUGGACUUCAUCGUCCUCAGACUGACGGGAGGGAGGCUGAUGAUGUCAGCUGACCUGGGGAAAGGCCCCGCCUCCAUCACCUCCACCGUCGCCGUUAACGACGGACAGUGGCACGCGGUGAGCGCUGAGGUCAGCCGGCGGUCAGUGUCCGUGUCUGUCGACGGUUCGAGUCCCGAGUCUGUUUCUGUUAAAGGAAACCAGCUCGACGUUGACAACAGACUCUACCUGGGAGGACUGCCACACACACACAGCACCCGCAGGAUCAAUGUGAGCAGCAGUCUUGCGGGUUGUGUUCGUUCCGUCAGUCUGAACGGAGCCUCGUUGGACCUGUCCACGCCGGCUUCACAGCAUAAUGUCACUUCCUGUUUCACUGAUGACCAGGCAGGAAGUUACUUUAACGGCAGUGGAUACGCCGCCAUGAUGCCUGAGGGCUAUAAGGUCGGCUCUGACGUGUCCGUCUCUCUGGAGUUUCGAACCGACCAAUCAGAAGGAGUGUUUCUGGGAAUCAGCAGCGCCAAGGUGGACGCCAUCGGACUGGAGCUGAUCAACGGACAGGUGGUGUUCAACGUGAAUAACGGGGCGGGCCGAGUGUCGGUGCGUUCUAUUGGUCGGCUGCUGUGUGACGGGCGCUGGCACCGCCUCCUGGCGAGGAAGACCAAACACAGUCUGAGUCUGGUGGUCGAUGGGCGGAGCUACGCCACCGCCAACCCCUACCCACAAUCCACCUCUGCUGAGACCAACAACCCCGUCUACCUGGGCGGGUUCCCAGUGGGGGUGAGACAGAACUGCCUGUCUGUCAGCUCCAGGUUCAGAGGCUGUCUGAGGAACCUGCAGCUCGUCAAGUCUCACCUGAGUGACACGCUGGAUUUGAGCUCCGCCCACUUCCUGUUGGGUGUCACCCCUAACUCGUGUCCUGUCGCCAGGCAACGCCCAGCUGCCUGAUUAGCUCUGAUUGGCCCACAGAUAGAGUCUGUUUCUACAUGAAUCAAUAAAUAU